UAGCUUCCAGCACUGCCUCUCUCGCCGCUCCACCAACUUGUCACCAAAGAUGGCGAUUUGCUGAGUGCUCAUGGAUACACACAUUUGUCGGCUAGCUCUUAUCUUACCCGAAACGCCAACUUUAAAAACAAACUAACUGCUAAGCGAGAGCAACUAUUUCUCCAUUGGAAGGAAAUCUGACAGAACGUCAGCCAUCGCUACCAUGCAGAUCACGCUGAAAACACUGCAGCAGCAGACUAUUCAGAUUGAGAUAGACCCCGAACAAACGGUUAAGGCCUUGAAGGAGAAGAUCGAGGCUGAACGGGGAAAGGACAACUUCCCUGUUUCUGGGCAGAAGCUGAUUUAUGCUGGAAAAAUCUUGCAAGAUGACACACCCAUUAAAGACUACAAAAUCGACGAGAAGAAUUUUGUUGUAGUGAUGGUGUCCAAGGCUAAGGCUGCAGCUCCAGCCUCACCACCAGUCUCAGAAGCCCCCAAGCCCCCUGUACAAGACUCUGGCUCCACUUCAACACCCGCCCCAGCUACAAACCCUGCUCCAGCCCCGGCCUUAGUCCCGGCCCCUGCAGCUGUCCCCAUUUCCUCAGAGGAGGCCAAACCGGAGCCAAAUACCGCUGCCACAGAACCACAACAGCCAGCCAGCUCCAGUGGUGGGAGCCAAGGCCUGGAUGCCUCCUCAACGCUCGUGACUGGAGCCGAGUAUGAGGCCAUGCUGACGGAGAUCAUGUCUAUGGGCUAUGAAAGGGAGCGGGUUGUAGCUGCACUACGGGCCAGUUUUAACAACCCUCACAGAGCUGUGGAGUACCUCCUUACUGGUAUCCCCAGCAGCCCAGUUCAGGAGAGUAAUCCACCGGCCCAGGCUCCCACAUCUGGCCCCACAGAAUCUCCAUCUCUAGCAGAAGGAGAGAACCCCCUUGCAUUCCUGAGAACCCAGCCCCAGUUCCUGCACAUGAGACAGGCGAUCCAGCAGAACCCUGCUCUGCUCCCAGCCCUGCUCCAGCAACUAGGUCGGGAGAAUCCCCAACUUUUACAGCAAAUCAGCCAACAUCAGGAGCUGUUCAUCCAGAUGUUGAAUGAGCCAGUGGGAGAAGGGGGAGACCCCCCAGAGGUUGGGGAGAUGGGGGCAGCAGGUGAGGAGGGAGCACCUGUCAACUAUAUCCAGGUUACACCACAAGAGAAGGAAGCCAUAGAACGGUUAAAAGCGUUGGGCUUCCCUGAGGCCCUGGUGAUCCAGGCCUACUUCGCCUGCGAGAAGAAUGAGAAUCUGGCAGCCAACUUUCUUCUCAACCAGGGACUGGAAGACGACUGAACGGGAGCAGAGCACUGCCCACCCCCUUGCCCCACCCAUCCCACCGCUCCCCCUUCCUCAGCUCAACAUAAAGACUGCACCCCCGAAUUUUACUGUACAACCUCAACUCAAGCAGACAGUGGCAGGGGGGGGAUGCUCGGGGCGGGGGAGUACCUGGGGUUGCAUUGGGAUGGAGUGAAAGGUUGUGUGCAGGAAGGUCAGAUUAUGGGAGUUGGGGGGGGUGGGGGAUGAAGGAAGUGUGGACAAAUAAUGAAAUCCACGUGAAUUCCAAUGGAAUAAGUGGGGUGAGUUUAGGGGAGAUCUAUAAUUUGAUUUUAGAUGCGCUUUGUGAACAUUAGGGAGGGGAGAGAGAGAGAGAGAGAGGUGGGGGGGACGGGUGUGCGUGCUCGUGUCUGCGUGUGUGAGAGUACGUGUCUGUGUAUGCCUGUGCAAGAUGGAUGCAAUUCACUUAGGCUGAAAAAAAAAAAAAGUAAUCGAUCUCGCAUUCUCUAAGUUUGUUAAUGCUGUAGCGCGGCCAUAUGGAAGCACGUUCCCCUCACUGCACUGCGACAACAUCAUCAGCGUGUGUAAACUGCUUUGCGUGUACCUCUGUAAGCCUCAUGUGCAUAUGUCCAUGAAUGAAAUUAGAAGUGAUGGACUGGACUGUGCUGCAGCCUUUUUGAUUUUUUCCUGUCUCUGACAUGAUGUCCUCGUGGUCUUUAAGUCAAAAUAGAAACCAAACGUCCAGAACAGAAUCUUAAUAAUCAGCUUAAUGUUCUGCUCCAAUCACCUGAGCUGGUUGCAAAGAGUCCACACAAGCUGCGCCUGCCUCUCAAUCAAACAUAAAGCUAUUGUUUUUGUUCAUCACAUGUGGUUCCCAAUGACACUACAUAUUAAAUACUGAUUACAGGAGUUCCUGUUCUACUUA